CACAUAUUUAAUUAUGUAUGAACUGAUAUCUAUUAUCAAUGUGAAUCAUUAAUGUAUAGUCCAUUGCAUAUUUGUUAUUUAUAGGUACACAUUUGCAUACAUUAUCAAUUAUGUUGCUGUAUACUAUUUUUUCAUCUUCUAUUAUUAUAUUGUUGAGGGUGAAUGCGGCUAAUGUGGAUGUUUUGCGUGAAGGAGGCAAAUCUAAGUCUUCAUUGCCUGAUGGCAGCAUAUCGGAGGGAAGUGUAACAUCUAAAAGUGAACCCAAGGAUAAACGUUUGGUAGAACCAAAUUCUUUCAGUGAUCCUGUUGAAUGCCCAUCGCAUUCUAUUGACGCGGAUGAUCUUUAUAAGGAGCGUUACCAUGACCUGGAUAAAUUUGAUCGGUUUACUUAUCGGUUGUGGAAGAGGUUGUUCCGAACUGGCAGUGGCAUGAGUCGUGGUGUUUGGAAUGCAAUUUGUGGAAUGGGUGAUGGCUUUUUGUCGAUGUGUAACACAUUGAAAAAUACCUUUCCCAAUGCUAAGAUGAAAAACCCGUAUACUUAUGGUGAUUACGAAGAGGAAUUUGACGUUAGCUUGGAUAAGGAAACAUCGGAUUAUUUGCAGAAGCAACUGGAAUCAAAGGAUUGGCAUUGAUAUGGACGAAUCAGCUGAUCAAUGAGCUCCAGGAUAUCAUUAAUGUAUCGCCCUUGGAUAUAUGUCAUAUUAUGGAUGGCAGCGCUAUAUAAAAAGCAC